AUGCCCAGCUUCUUUGGCGUGACUGCUGGCAGAAACCCAGGUCCAAGUCUCUUUGAGAUCCGCCUCGAAAAUGAGUUCAUAGUGCUCCGUGGUGGCGUAGACGACGCCGCGAGCCAACUGCUUAAAGGCACGGUGAUUCUGUGUCUCCCCCAAGCACAGAAUGUACAAGACGUGCAUUUGCGGAUGACUGGCGAUCUGAAACUCGGAUGGCGCAUACAGACAGAUACCCCCAACAAUGGAAACCAGACUUUUGGCAACUGUGAGAAUAGCAAUAUCUUCAUCCAUCGAUGGACGCCCUUCGUAGCAAACACUGGGGGCUCUAAUUCCAGAAACGUAAAUCUUCCAUCGGGGAACUACGAAUGGCCAUUCGAACUCGUCAUACCAGGGAACAUGGCAGAGAGCGUGGAGGGCCAGACGGAUAGUCACAUCACCUACAAAUUGAAGGCGACGGUCGCCCGAGGAAAGUUUGCCCACGAUUGGCAUGCCUACAAACGUGUCCGAAUUGUGCGAACUCUGGAUCCAUCAGCGUUGGAAUUGGCCCAUGCCAUGACCGUAGAGAACAUCUGGGCGAACAAGAUUAUGUACGAAAUCAACAUACCGCAGAAGGCGAUCGUUUUCGGAACCGCGAUUGUGGUAAUCAUGAGGUUUACCUCCCUUCUCAAGGGGUUGGUAAUUGGCAAAAUCCUAUGUCAACUUCUCGAGUCGCACGAGGUGACCAUGCCCAGAACAUCGACUCGCUCAGAAAAAGUAAUCAGUAUUACAAAGGACAUCAAGAACUGGGAAUUUGAGUUGACCGACGAACAUUACGAAGAGGCCAUGGACGAGGAGGGCCGGAAUGGCUACACCCUCAAAGAAUCGAUGGAAUUACCCAAAACCUUGAGUGAAUGCAUGCAAGAUGUCAACGUUCAUGGCAUCAAGAUUCGGCACAAAGUCAAGUUCAUCGUUGCUCUACACAACCCAGAUGGGCACACGUCAGAGCUCCGUGCAACUCUACCUGUAACGCUUUUCAUCUCUCCAAAUAAGCCUCUCAACGAGAAUGGGGAGCUGAUCGACCAGACCCCGAUGGCUGCCAAUCUCUCGAUGGGUGUAGGUCAGCAUGCCCCACCGCUCUACGGAGAGCAUGUGCUUGAUCAGCUUUAUGCUGGUCUGAGUCCCCCUGGAAUCAUGUCCCCAGCACCUGGUUCUGCCAUAAACACUGCCAUAAACACGCCCUAUGUCGACUUAUCUCGAAACGGCUCGCGUGAGAACCUGGCGUCUCUUGACGGGAUAGCUGGCCUGACGGCCGCGUUUGCUCCGGCAGCGUUGUCCUCCAGGCUGCAGAACCUGGACUUGAGCGCAAACUCUCGUAACCGCAGUUUUGGGCGGCUGCAUGGAUCCGGAUCGAACACCCCCUCCACGCAGCGACAUCCAGAAAACGAGCCAAGUCAAUUCGAAUUGCCUCACACCGACCUGAAUAGCGACGACCCCUUGGGCCCACAAGCGAGUGAUGAACAACACCGCCGGGCCCCAGGCUUGAGAAGUGGCCAGCAAACGCCCGAUCCAGGGACUUCGGGCAUAAGAAGUGGCCAGCAAACGCCCAGCCCAGGGACUCCAGGGACGAGAAGUGGCCAGCAAACGACCAAUCUAGGAGAUCUUAGCAGAGUUCCAUCCUACGACACUGCGGUCAGGACGCCUGUCAGGGGUAUAAGCUACACUGAUGUGGUGCCCGACUACAAUUAUGCCAUUUCUGCUCCUCCAAGCCCGGAACGAGGAUUCAGUUCCCCGGCGACUCAUCGCGAGCGAAGAAGACACCCGCCCACCCAGCACACACCGAUACACCCACCGCUUCCUGUGGCUAAUGACAAUGGGAACCACUAG